CGCUUUUCCAUCAGAGGAGGGAACGGAUGCGUCAGAUUCGGUUGGUGCCUUCGGGCAUCCAGUUGUGGAAUCCGGCCGUGCUGGCCGUCAGCCCAGAUGGUGCUCACUUCGCCUACGCCUCCACGCUGGCGCUGUUCAUCUAUCGGAGGGCGGACUUCUGCCUCCACAAGAUGAUUGCAGGCCAUGAGAAAACCAUCACGGCCCUCUCCUGGUACGACCAUGCACACGUCUGAUGCCUUUGGUGUUUUGUAGACAGGAGACGCCCCGUGAAUGCAAUGCAUCCAUCUGGACAGGGAGGGAAGAGAUCCAGUCCAUGCCUGUAUCCGUCCUGUGCAGGUGUCCUCAAGACAGCGAUUUUAUCGCCUCGUGCUUCACCGAUGGCCGCAUCGCCGUCUGGCACCUGCCGUCAGAGAAGCUCCGCGUCUCCCGCAGCGCCCCAAGCGGCAGCCCUCCCCUUCUUCUCGAGUGGUGUCCUCACACCCUCACACGCGUCGCUGUCGGGCUCGAAAACGGCGAGGUCCGGCUGUGGGAUUUCUCCCUCACGACUCCCUCCGGCUCGUUUGAUGCAAGUUCUGGCUCGGCGCAGUCACUGGGGUCGCCAACAGCCAAGGAAGCGACCUUCUCCAAGCUGUAUGCUGCUGCGGGGGGCUCGCUUCGAGUCAUGAGAUGGCACCCGACCACCCCUGAAAGACUGCUCCUGGGCUUCACGGACGGCAGUGUGGUGUGUCUCCAUCCAAGCACCGGGAGGAGGAUGUCGAUUCCCUACAAAGGCCGCAACUCGCCUGCAGUGGGGAAGCCGGUGGCGUCUGAUGCUCAUAGCGUGGAGGAGAUCCAGUGGGACCCGCUGUCAGCCGAUUACUUCCUGGUGUCUUACCGCGACGGCCAUUUGUCUCUGAUGGACCUUGAAUCGCAGACCGAGGUGUCGUCGGUGCCCUUCGACAGGCAGCCCGUCGGCGUCCACUCAAUCGCAUGGGUCAAAGGCCAGCCGGGCAACUUCCUCACCGUCACGGAGAAGACGGGCCUUAUCAGGCUGUGGAACGCCUCACAGCGUGCUCCACUAGAGCAGCUGCGUGUCGCUCCUGCGGGGAUUGCCAAAAUUGUUCCCUUCUGCGGCAGGGAGGGAGGGGGUUGGGGAUCGUCUUUUCUAUUGAGCUUCAAGAACGGCAGCGUGGGCGUGUAUAACUUGACUAGGAAGAAAUUGGACUUCCUGAGCGAGCCGGGCCACUCGGAGACGAUAUUUGACGUGCGGUUCAAACCGGGGCAGCACGAUCUGCUUGCUACGGCUUCUUAUGACGGGUGGGUGGGAGGUUGGGCUAACAAAAGGGAAAGGGCCUGGCCUGUGCGUGCCUGCCAUUUUUCAUGGAUCUAUCCGUGUGUCUCGCCCGGCCCGACAGGUAUGUGAAGGUGUGGCGUGUCUCUACCAGCAAGACCGAGCUUGAGAUUCAUGCUGGCGAGCACGAGUUGCUGUACGGUGUGGCGUGGGCGCCUCUCUCCGCCUUCCCCGGGCCCUCGUCGGCUGGUCGGGCCACACGCAGCGGUUCCAAAGACAGAGAUGUGGAGCAGCAGCAGACGGAUCGAAUCGCCGCCGUCUCGUCGUCAGGACACCUCUUUAUCUGGAAUGCACGCACCGGUCGGUGAGGGAAAGGACACACACAUGAUCUUCUACAAAAUGAAAUAAAUGCUGUCUCUCGAUGCUAACUAAGUUCAGGUGUGAGGGUGCACAAGGUGCCUGUGCACACGUCAGCGGUCUACCGCCUUGAUUGGUCAUCCACCGACCCCAACCUCAUCGCCACAGGCUCGGGGGACGGCUCAGCCUGCAUCGUUGACGCCGCGGCAGGGUGUGUCAUCAAGCGGUACUCGCACCCCGCCCCCGUGUACGGGGUGCAGUGGCAUCCGUCGACACGCAGCCUCCUCUGCACAGCCUGUGCGGACGCCAAUGUGCGGCUGUUCGUCCACGGAGGGGGCGAGGGGUGUGACGUUAUCACCAACAACUCAGACAGAAGGGGCAGCACCGGCUCUUUGUCGUCUCCUCACAGUGGGAUGCAGCCCACCAAGGCGAUCGUGCUGUCUGGUAAGACCGGCACAACACACAAAUGGGUGGAUUUAGUAGUGGAGAGGCCGAGACGCGAUCAGCUGUUUGUGCGUAGGACACAGCGAGAAGGCCUUCAACGUGGCCUUCAGUCCGAUUCUGUCCAACAUCCUGGCGAGUGGUUCGGACGACCGGACCAUCCGUAUAUGGGACAUCCAAAAGAGGGUAAGCAGGCACAGGAAGUGCGGGGGCAUAUAUGUGAUGUGAUAGAUACCUAUUGAUUGCAUCAUGACUCUGUUUGUUUGUGGAUGUCCGCAGAAGUGUCUGCGGACACUGAUGGGCCACAGGUCGAAUGUUCGUGCCCUUGCCUGGCAUUUGGAGCUGCCGCACAUCCUCAUCUCUGGCGCGUGGGACGCCACGAUCAGAGUCUGGAACGCCGCAGCCGGACGGGUACGUACGUAUCCGACGGACGAUGGAUGCACGGAAGCUCAGAAAUGCCUGUGUCUCUCUCUCUGACUGCUGUCGGUCUGUCCCAGGCGCUGUAUGUGUGCAGCGAGCACCACGCCGACGUCUACGGCCUGACCACCCACCCAGCCUGCCCCUUCCUCUUUGUCUCCACAUCACGAGACACCUCACUGAGGUUCUGGACUCUUGACGACCUCUCCGCCCCGUUCCAGCUGGCAUUGGCCGCCAGCCCAACAGCCGCCACACUGACCUCACUACGCGCCUCCCCGAACCAGGCCGCUGAGCUGUUCGUCGACACAAUGGAGCGGCCAUUGCCUUUGGAGAUCAAGCCGAGGCUGUAUGGCGCCGGGUCGGCAGAGCUGCAGAAGACGCUCGGUGGUAAUCUGACCCAUCUGGAGAGGCUGAAGAGGGUGGUUGAGUUCCUGCAUUACCGCCCCGGCAGCCUGGACUUCUGGGACUGCUUGGCCAACUGGUCCGGCGAGGCGCCGGACAUCGCUGCGCACACGCCGACCGUAAUCCACAUGAACGACAUCAUCGCCGCCGAACGAAGUGCCGCCCAGGAAAUGGUAAGCAAAUGGCCCUUUCCCCUUGUCGCGCCAGCCAGGCCUUCUCUGCCGUCUUUGUGUCCCUCAGGCGUCGAGCAAGAUCAGCAGCAGUGCCGUGGGCAAGAAAGAGGAGCGAUACGCCAAAGCAGCCCAGAAACUCAUUCGUGUGGGCGACCUCCGUGGCUACUGCGACUACAUGGCCCAGGCCGGCCACACCGAGAAGGCCCUUGCCGUCGCCCCUGCAGUGGCUGUGGUCGAGUCCGGCGACAGCGGGGGAGGAACCGACAUGGGGUAUUGGCGAGACAUGAGUGUGGAGUAUGCGCGCCAGCUGCAGCGGGAUGGCAAGGACGAGGAGGAGGCAGUUCCCCACCUCUUGGCCGCGGGGAUGUCCGAUGAGGUCAUCGACAUCUACCUCAGGCGCUGCGAGUUGGAGUCGGCCUUUGCUGUCGCCAAAGCGCAGAGGGACGGCAGGUUCCCAAAGAGAAGACGCCCACCCAACUCGUCCCCGUCAGAUGCGCCGCCCAGCCAGGCGGACAGGCUGCCCCAGAUCACCACGCGGAUGGCGAGGUACUACCUGAGACGGGGUGAGCCUGUGUUGGCCGCGUGCUGCCACAUGGCCAUCAACAGAGCAGACGAGGCCAUCACAGUCCUGACAAGGGUGAGCCACUUGCUAGAGAGGCAAAUGUCGUUGUAUGUUGGUCUUCUCCUGUAGAGCAACGAGUUGAUCUUGGGGUAUGCGAUGUAUCGCGUAUUGUUUGUCGAGUCGAGUGAAUUGGGCCCCCCGCCACCGAACGUCUCGGACCUCCUGCGCUUGCUCGCAGCAAAGGCAGAGAGACACAGAUGCUGGGUGGGCUGGGCUGGUGGUGGGUGGGUGGGGCAGACGAGGCACACUGUGCGGUCGCCGGGAUGUGUGUGUAUCCGUUGGCAUGCCUUGUGUGUAUGCAGAGCAUCGCACGGGAGUUGUAUCAGCAGCUGGAAGAGACAAGGAGGGUCAGGCAGCUGCAGCUGCUCUCUGUCAGGUGGGUAGGGUACCGAUGAGUGCAUCAUCAACGAAUUCAUGUUGGCACACCCAGGGGGAUCGCUGUGAUGGGUGCAGGUGCGGGUCGAUUCAGCGGGAACAGCUCUUCAUCGAGAUGCCAGACGUCGCCAUAUCAGUCCCAGAAGCAGAAGCAAGGGCGGAAAAGGUCCAUGAGCAAUAGGAUCCCUCCGCCACAACACUUGCCAGCUGUGUGUGCGUGUGCGUGUGCAGGCUGAGGCUGAGGGCAACCAUGUUGACAGUGCCCAUUACUUUGCGGUGGCGGGGGAGUACCAAAGGGCGGCAGAGGUGGCCGUGCAGCAGCUUCAGAGGCACAUCUCCCAGAGCGUCGAAAUCAGCGUCCAUCAGUGCCGGCCCUUCCUGGAGAUCCUCGAGAGCCUCCCCAUCGACGCACUGGAACUGAAGCUCGUCUCGCGAGUGCUCUGCUGUGCGGCGUAUGUGGGGUUCUUUGACGCCCUUGAGCAAAAGGGGGGAAUGCUCUCGAUGGCUGUGCCCCUGCUGACCACCUACUGGAACGUGGCGCAGCACCAGCACCUUGAGCAGGACUUCUACGCCGACACGGGGAGCACGGCGACCGCCAAGGCGCAGCUGCAGCUCAAGGCCGCUCUGCAACUCAUCCAGACACACCCUGACAAGUAAGCGACAGACAGAGACACAGACAGAGACACUGCUGAUGAAAGGAGGUGCAGAAAAGGUCAGCCUGAAUGUCGGCUUCUUGCCUUUGUGUCCACAGGGCGCUUGAAAUGCUGACGCGGGUGAAGAGUGACGGCCACGUUAGCCCCGAGCAGGGCAAGGUCGUUGACGACGCAAUCGCAUCGCUUGCCAGGAGUGAGUGAGACACAUGAUGGAAACCUCCUUACCUCAGACACAACACGACGUGUCCGUGCUGUGGUCUCAGGCCGCAUCGAUGACGCCGACAUCGGUGCUGACGAUGACAGCAAGAGACCGGUGGGCGGCCUGGACCCCAUUCGCCCUCUCACCGUUUGUGUCUCAUCCACCGACCCCUUGAUCUGGCAGGUGUGUGUGCCCAUUGCUGGGUCCCUGCUGCCGACAGGCCGCACCAGCGGGAUGAAGACGUCUGUGCUGACGGGGCAGCCCAUCAAGGGUGCAGCCUUUGUGCUGGAGGACGAGAGCACAUGCGUUGGUCUGCAGGAGGCUAUCCAAUGGUGAGAGGGGAGAGUGAGCGAGGCCAUAUGGGUCCGUUCGUGUGUGGGUGUGGGGUGUAUGAUGUGUCGGUCUGUGUGUGCAGGGCGUCGCUGAAUCGGUUCUCGCCCCUCAACACGGGCAGCAGGAUCAACCCAUUCUGACCAUUCGUUCUGACCAUUCGGCCUUUCUGCUUUCAGACAUGCC